CAAAUACUGAAUUGAUUUGUUGUGUUGUUAUCCCUUGAAUCGGACCCCCCUCUUCUUUCAGGCACUUUAUAGAUAAAUGCAGCAACAGAUCCUCUCCUCCUCCCCCCCCUCCUCAGCUCUCACUCCUCUUCCUUUGCUACCACAUCAGCCGUCGUACUCACCCUUGCAACUCACCCACCACAUUUAACUUUUCCCAUAUCCACCCAUCCACCCUAGUUCUCCUUGUUCCCCUCCUAGCUUCUUCCCAGCUUCCCCACACACCAUCAUGGCCGACCAUCCGCCAAAGAAGCAGAAGACAACUCAUCUUUCCCCUGUCGACAUCGCCGAUUUGACUUCCCGUCCUCUUCCCAUCCAACGAAGGAGGGUGUGGCGCGCUUGCGAAUCUUGCCGAAGAAAGAAAAUAAAAUGCGAUGGUCAUGAGCCUGUGUGCUCCCAGUGCACGCAGACUAAUAGUACUUGCACUUGGAUCCAAACAAAGGACCGCGCAGCCACAAGCAGACACUAUGUGCAGGAAUUGGAAGCGCGUCUCAUACAAAUGGAAGGUCUUCUCACUCAAGUGGGUGGUGCCACCGAGCUCCUCACUGCCGAUAGUGCUCGACGAUUUGCUCCGGCCAAUGCUCCCACUCCGGCAUCCUCCUCGCCCGCCUCAGCACACACCGCCUCUUACCCUACUCUCCAGGACAGUUCAACAUACCUUACCGACCUGAAUGUCAGGCAACCCCAAUCUGAUUCCGACCAGUUCGGCCAACUCGCUCUCGACGCCAACGGCCAUCUUCGGUGGAUUGGAGGCUCCUCCGCCAUGACACUCGUCGAUGCCUUCAAGAACAUAUCCACCGCAGCCAUCUCAGGGUCUUCAACUCCCCAGGGUGACGUUAGUCAUCCACGUUUCCUUGCAGGUGAAGGCAAGCAUCCUGCAAACAACCUCUAUUUCCCCCCGAAUGUGCAUUCAAAUGCGAGGCCUCGUGCCCUCCCUGGUCCGGAAGAGGUGGAGUUCCCUCCCAGAGAUCUUGCCGAUAAAUUAGUGGCCGCUUAUUUCACCCACUUUCAUCACACACUCCCUGUCGUUGACUCCACUGCCUUUCUGUCUCAAUAUCGGAGGCUCAUGGACGAUCACCGUAUCCUCUCUCCCGCAGACACUGGCUUUCCCACCGUCGUCUUUUCUGUCUUCGCUUGCGCAGCUCGCUAUGUGGAGGAUCCCCGACUGGAGAAUGCAGAACCAGAUGCACAUGAAGCCGGCAUGGCACACGUAUAUUAUGAACGGGCAAUGAUCCUAUAUUACACAGGCCACACGGCUACACAAUUGGCACACGUUCAGGCGUUCGUUCUUCUGUCAUCUUAUUUAGCCUCCAUCAACUCGUUACCCCAAAGUUGGCUGCUUUGUGGCCAAGCUGUUCGCAUCGCUCAGGACCUUGGUCUUCAUCGUUCCCCCCGACAUUUAUCCCUCACUCCUAUCGACAAAGAGACUCGGAGAAAAGUGUGGUGGUGUGUUUAUGGUCUCGACAGGAUGCUUGCUGUCGCACUCGGUCGUCCCCUCGGUAUCGAUGACUCCGACUGUGAUAUUGAGCUUCCUCUCGAUAUCGAUGAUGUGGCUUUACCGACGUACUUUACUGCUGGCCAAAAUACAUCUGCCAGUCCAAGCAGCGAGGCAGACGCUGCUGCCAAACAACCGAAUCUUCCCGAAUCCCCUUCGCUCAUGAAGGGUUUCAACGCCUUGACAUGUUUGUUCAAAAUUGCGGGACAAGUUUUGCGGCAAGUGUAUGCGAUCGAUAAGUGUAAAGAGAACUUGGAUCCAGAGAAGAUGGCAGAAUUACAGGCAUCUGUCGACCGACUCGAUCGUUUGUUGACGGAAUGGUGUGACAAACUCCCCACACCGUUCAAAUCAAAUCCACAGACAUCCCAGCAGGUUUCCUUGGGGGCAAUUUUAUGUUCUUGCUACUAUGCUGUAACCGUCACUCUCCAUCGUAACUUUAUCCCAACGUCUCUUGCGGCAUCUUCCAUGCCUCGGUCUUCAUCCAUUCCAAAAGCGGUCACUGCUUCUCGAUCGUGUAUUUUCCUAGCUCAGUCCAUCAAGGACGUUAUUCCCUCUUCACAUUGGUUGGCUUUCUUCAGCCAAUACUUGUUCAGCUCAGCGAUCAUCAUACUCCUUUGUGUGAUGCGUGCUACUGAUCAAGGAGCUGUUACCACCGCCAUGAAUGAAGUUGGAACCGCAAUCGAAUGCCUCGCGUCUCUUGAGGCUUCAUGGCCUGGUGCUAAAAAGUGCAAGGAGAUCUUGAAAGAAUUGGCCGACAUAACUCUUUCCAAGGUCAGGGAGACAAUUGCCCUGUCAUCACCUGCCAAACGGGACCGCUUGACGAUCGCAGCCGAGAACAUUAUGGCGCACUCCCCAUCAGCUAAAACAGUCAACGGCGCUCCAAACGCUUCGUUCAACACUCAAUCAGCCACAACGGGAUCAUUAGAGUUGCGGUCCGAAGCACGCCAGCCCACUGCGACGCCUCGAAAGCGCACACUGGGUGCGGCGAAUGAGCCAGAUGACAAUGCGGCAACCCACUUGGCCGGGUACAGCUUGUCACCUUCAUCGCCCGCAUCCUCCAUCCAGCCUCAACAUCAGCACCUUUCGACACCCAGUCCUCUCGGUUACGGCCAUCAAACUCUGUCAUCAAACUUCUCUGAUACCAUUUCCCCUGAUUUAAACGCACCAAAGCAGUACUCUUUCGGGCAGUCGCCGGUCUCUCCCACCACACCGCGAUGGAGCACUCCCCACUCCUCUGGCGCAGCAUUAUGCGGUGACACGCUAGGCCCUGCCGAUUACUCGGCGCAGCACAGCAGCUCCGAUGGACUAGAAGCGGCUGCAACUCAGUCAUAUUCUUUCAAUCCAUCCUCUAUCCCUAAACCACAGCAUCUUGAUUCUGCCUACCUUCCCUUCACUUUCCCUAUUUAUGAGGACUCUGCAUCCAACAACGCUCCAUCUCCCGCACACUUUGAUCUUUCUGACCUCCCAUUUUCGGGGAUCGAUUUCCUCCAAAGUUUUGCGUCCGUGCCAGAUAGUACAUCAGGCGUAAACGAGGGAGACCCACACGACUCAUUAUGGUCUCAGCUCAGUGCAUCUCCAUUCAAAAUGGGCCCGGAACUGCCAUUCACUUUGAUAGAAGGGCAAAGUUUGUCAUGAAAGAACUGCAUUUCCAAUUUCAAACACAGUAACCCCCCCUUAAUCCGCAUUCGUUACGAGUAUUUUGUACCCACCUCUAAGGUGUUGUCCGUGGUUGAUGGUGCCACCUUUCUUUCUGAGUUGUAUAUGUAAUGGAAUAUUCACAACUUGUCACAACGAGGCAUGUGUACUAUGGGUGGAGUUGGGACCUCUGCUCUAAUCUAUGGCUGUUGGUGGGAAAGAGGAUUAGAAUAAAGGGCGGCAGCACUUCGCUCCAUAAGAUCGCGCAGGGGCCCGAGUAAUCGUGUGAAGGCAUCGG